CGGAACCUUCCUGCGGGAGAAACGUUUCCAGGGGACGGGGAUAUCCGGAACACCAGUGCGCUGUGGAUUAGCGUCCCCCGGUGUCCUUGGGAACUGUGUGCCGCAGCUAUGGGGCUGAUGCCGGACGAGGCUCGGGGGCUGCCGCCCCCCAAUCUGGUCAACCGGGGCACGGUGUAUGUGGGUUUCCUGGGCUACCUGAGCGCCAUUAUCCACAACGCCAUCAACCGCUUCCCGGUGAUGAAGGCUGGUGUGCAUCGGCAAUUGCUGUACACGACUAUCGGCGUGUUCCUUGGAUACCACAUGGUGAAGUAUGAGAACUACAAAUACGCAAAGCGAGAUCGGGAACUGUUUGAGUACAUGAGGCUACACCCGGAGCUGUUUCCCCAGCAAGAAAAACGAACAUUCGCAGAAAUCACCGAAAAAUUUUACCCAGUCCGCUGAAGUUUUGGUACCCAUACUGAUUUAUCAAGAUCCGACCAGAAUAUAUUUGUUCUCCAUAGAAGAAGCUGCAUGUUCUCAACGCCUGUGUGAAAUAUUUUCUUUAACCCAUAUAAAUACAAUAAAUAAAUUACCUUUGA